GUUGCAUCACGUGCUGGUAGUAACCCGGUCGAAUUACAUGGAACAGUAUAUUCUGUCAUUUGUAUAGACUGUGGUUUUUCCUUCCCUCGGAAUCUAUUUCAAGACCAAGUUAAGGCCCUUAAUCCAAAGUGGGCAGAAGCAAUUGAAUGUUUGGAUUAUGGUAACCCCGGAUCACAAAAGAGCUUUGGCAUGAAGCAAAGACCUGAUGGUGACAUUGAAAUUGAUGAAAAAUUUUGGGAAGAGGAAUUUCACAUCCCUACGUGUCCAAAGUGCAAUGGAGUGCUUAAACCUGAUGUUAUCUUCUUUGGUGAUAAUGUCCCCAAGGACAGAGCUGAGAAGACAAUCCAAUCUGCAAAAGAAUGUGAUGCUUUUCUCGUGCUAGGAUCAUCACUAAUGACCAUGUCUGCUUACCGGCUUGUCAGAGCUGCACAUGAGGCAGGUGCUGCUACUGCAAUUGUCAAUGUAGGAGUGACUCGUGCAGACGAUAUUGUACCUUUGAAAAUCAAUGCUCGACUGGGAGAGAUUCUACCUAGAGUACUUGACAUGGGAUCCCUCGGUGUCCCUGCCAUUGGUUGAUUUGACCUGUAAAGAGGUGUUCUGAUCUGUAGAAGCUUGCUUUGGGUUUAUCAGUAGAUAUAGAAGACCACAAGAAAUUGAGAGGUGCUGCCAAAUUCUUUUAGUUUCUCAGUCUCUGAAAUGAAAACAUGAAAAGUUGUAGCUAGUCAAUGCGAAGACAAUGGAUUUUCUGCGGGGGACGAGAAAGAUAAAGAUAAGGAGAACGUUGGAUAUGCCAAAAGGAAAUAACAUUGUUCGCUCCGCGUACAUAGAUGAUCUGGUGUCCGUGUCAUAGACGUUUAUAGACCCCAGAACAUGAAAUGCCAGUGUGACUUCAUUGAAUUGCUUUAAAGAGGGAUUUUAUUGUUUGAGCCUUAGCAUAGAGAUUCUACGCAUUGGACAUGUUUGAAAAAUGAGUAUUGCGAACAGGUAUUUGGAUGAUUGAAAUUAUGAUAUAGAAAAAUUGUGAUUAUUGUUAA